GAUUUCCGGGGGAGUUAGUCUCAUGCGGUGAGCAUUUACUGAUAACGUGGGGUGUGCGGCUUUCUAAAUCACCGGUCAGCAGGAGGAAGCCUUUAAAGAGCGUGCACGAUGGACGGUAAAGAAUCAAUUCUAGAAUCUAUAUUCUUGAAUUAAUCAGAAACUGUCAAUCUGAGAGGAUACUUAUGGCAACAGAAAGUAUUAUCCGGUCCAAGCAGACUACAGAAAUUGUUGAUGGAAUCCUGACUGAGGUUGUGUGUACACUGUUCAGUGAUCACAUCUUUGUGGUGGUUACGCAGUAUGGCAAAAUGGGAACAUUGAUCUCUGUUGCACCACAUUGUGUGGCAAAUGAAAUCAGCAAACCCACACUUAGCACAAAGAUCCUCAUGGGAAAGGAUGAGCCUCUAAUCCAUGUUUAUGCAAAGCACCUUGUGACUUUUGUGUCUGAGGAGUCUGGGAACAAACCAGUGCUACUUGCGUUGGCCCUCAAGGAUGCAAAUUUGGAGAGUAUUAAAUCUAUCAAAAAAUUGAUUCAGAGUUGCCGACUCUGGUGAAAUUCCCUAGUUAGACAGCACGGCUGAGACUAACUAAUUUUUGUAAAAAUCUGCUGUGACUUCUCCAUUCAUGGGCAACAAUGUCACAACACAGUUUUCUACUUGAAGGGAUGUUACUGAAUGGAAAUAAGAGUAGCUCCACUGUUUAUUUUAUGGAUGACCAUUGAACUGGGAAGCUUGUGUUUGUACUUAAUUGAGGAACAUCAUUGCAACAUUUUAAGACUCCACAAACUCCCAAGGCAAUAGAUACCUGAUUUUUAAUUCAGACUUAUAAUUCGAUAUUGAAAGUAAAAUAGGACACUGGUAAAGGGACAAUGACUGGCUAGAUUUUGCAUUCUGCUCUUGGAGAGGCAAAGAAUUAGUGGAAAUAUUGGGAAAUGUAUUGGAAUAAAAGCUUAUGAAAAGGAUUCCUUGUUAGUCAGUGCCUGUGGUUCUGGGCAGCUGUUUUCAGACUAAAUCACAAUGUUUUAACUGCUAUUAAACAAGUAAUAGCUUCUCACUGGUGUCCCAGAUGAAUUCAUUCUAUGGUUCCCUUUAAUUUCUUGUUUAGUUGCCUCCUGAUCUGGGAUUCUUUCCACUUGAAAGGCUGCAACAAGCUGUAUUAGUCUGGAUCACGGGCAGCACGAUCUCACUUCAACUGGCCAUAGGUUCAAGCUGCUAAGGGUGCAUCAUCUCAACUGAAAUCUCACCAAAACUGGGAGAAUGAUGUUUUUUCAAAAUGUACUUUUUUCAAGAUGCAAGUUAAAAAUGCAUAAUUAUGUCAAAACUAUAAUCUAGAGACAAUUUGGGCAUUUUGACAUUCAUCAGAUCAGUAACUAAAUUUAACUUUUCCGAGAUUGUCGGGUCCCUUUGUUGGAAUGAUCAUUUGAGAUGCGUGCCAGUACAACCUUGGUCUUUUCACCUGUCAGAUAGUGCCUUUUUCGCAUAAUAUGGUGGCCCAGUCAGCUUUCAUAAGGAUGUUUGUCGUGGUUUUUCAUCCUUGCUUUUGCAAGUCCAGUGCUUCAUCCAGUGUGAAAGGGGCCUAUGGAAAAAAUGCUUAUGGUGUUAGCAUGAAUCAUACUGUGUACACCAUACAUUCAGAUGUCAAGGAUGUGAUGCUCUCACAUCUCUCCACACUAUCUGAUAAAGAAACGGAAUGUGUCCAUAAGCACUAUUAGAUAUAGGAACAAAAUGAGGCCAUUUGGCCUACUGAGUCUGCUCCAACAUUCGAUCAUGGCUGAUCUAUUACCCCUUUGAUCCCCUUGUAAAUCAAGAACCUCUCCAUCCUGUGACUUGGCCGCCACAGCUUUCUGUGGCAGUGGGUUCCACAGGUUCACUAUGCCAGCUGAAAAAAUUUCCCCCUUCUCUGUUACAAAAGGUUAUACCUUUGCUUUGAGGCUGUUUGUCAGGUCCUAGUCUCUCCAACUCAUGGAAACACACCAUGCCAGCUCCAUCCAGCCCCCUCAGUAUUCUGUAAUUUUCAAUGAGAUCCCUCUCAUCCUUCUAUACUUCAUUGAGUACAGUCUUUAAGACAAACUCUUCAUCCCUGGGAUGAUUUCUGGACCUCCUUCCAUGCCAGUAGAUCUUUCCUUCGAUAUGGGGCCUAAAACUGCUCUGAAUAUUCUAAAUGGGGCCUGAUCAGAUCUCAUUACAGCCUCAAGAGUACAUGUCAGUUCUUAUUUUCUAGCCCUCCUGAAAUGAAAUUUUAAAAAUCACACAACAUCAGUCUAACAGGUUUAUUUGGAAGCACGAGCUUUCGGGGUACUGCUUCUUCAUCAGG